UUGCUACUGACCCUGCUAAGAAAAGGAGAAAGGUGAAAUUGACAAGAUGUGGAUGUGAAGCUUAUAUCUAUGUCACUCGUGAAAGUGAUGGAAAAUAUAGGAUUGCCUCACUCACUGAAUAUCACAAUCACCCUUUUGUGCCUCCUAGCCAAAAGCAUUUGAUUAGAUCUAAUCAUCAAGUUAGUGAGAGGGUGAAGACAACACUUUAUGACUGCCAGAGAGCUAGCAUCGGCACCGCUUUAGCGUAUAGGUUCCUUCAUGUUGAUGCAGGUGGUUUUGAGCAUGUUGGGUGCACAAAGAAGGACCUACAGAAUCACUAUGGUGUACUGAAAAACAAAAUUAAAAAUUGUGAUGCUCAAAUGCUAGUGGACCAAUUUGGUAGAUUGAAGGCCUUGAAUCCUGCUUUUUUCUAUGAGUACGAAGUUGACGAUGUUGGUACAUUGGUCCGUUUGUUUUGGGCAGAUGGAUCUAGUAGGAAAAAUUAUGGUCAUUUCAAUGAUGUGGUAUCUUUUGAUUCGACUUACAACACUAACCAAUAUGAAUACAUCUUUGCACCCUUCACUGGAGUUCACCAUCAUAUGCAAAGUGUAUUUUUUGGGGCGGGGUUUCUACUACAUGAGACAAGAGACUCGUAUGCUUGGUUGUUCACGACGUUUCUUAGAGCAAUGGGUGGGAUUGCACCCAGGCUGAUAAUAACUGAUGAGUGUCUUAGGAUGAAGAAUGCUAUUGUUAAAUUCUACCAAACACUGCACAUCGAUUGUGUAUGUGGCACAUUAUGGAGAAGGUUCCUGGAAAGGUACGUCCUGAAUUGAAGAAUGAUCUUGAAUUCUAUGGUAGGCUGAAACAUUGUGUGUGAAAUUCUGAAACACCAGCUGAGUUUGAGGAUAGAUGGAAGUCUUUCAUCACAGAGUUUAAGUUGGAGGACCAUGAGUGGUUUGCUAAAAAGUACAUGCUUCGUGCGACAUGGAUACCAGCUUAUUUCAUGAACAUUCCACUAGCUGGUUUUCUUAGGACAACUUCGAUUUCAGAGAGUGCAAACUCAUUUUUUAAGCGCUUCAUCUGUCGCAAGCUCACAUUUGUUGAAUUUGGCUAAGGUUUAACACUGCUUUGAAAUGUCAGAGGCAGAAUGAGUUGAUUGCUGAUAACACAAGCCAAUACACAACAAUUGAAUUGUUAACAUCAUGGGAUAUAGAGAGACAAGCUAGGGCCUUAUUCACACAUGAGAUCUUUGAAUUGUUCCAGGCUCAGGUGCUUGCUGCGAGAGAUGAAUGUGAUGUUCAGGAGAUGGCAAAUGGCGAGGGGAUUAAAAUCAUCUCUGUUAGCGAUCAAUAUAAGAAGAUUAGAGAAGUUUGUUAUGACACAACAACCAUGACUGCUAAAUGUUCUUGUAAGCUUUUUGAGUCAACAGGAAUUAUAUGCCGCCAUAUUAUCGAGUAUUGAGGGGUGCCAAGAUAAAUGAAUUACCGAGCUCAUGUGUUCUUAAGCGGUGGCAGAAAAAUUGCAAAAGGGACAUUGUAUUGGAUGGGGAAGGAAACGUGCUUGAAGAGAAUUUCAUUGACCAAGUAGACAUGGCCGUGAAAAGGAAGAUAGCUGCUGUCAGGAACAAGCUAGAAGAUCUUAUACAGAAUGCUAAAGGGUCCAUGGAAGGAAUUGAAUUGCUCCACACUAGUUUGUGCAAUGUUGAGUUGGGUUUAGCCCAGCUCGUACCGGACGUAGCAUGUAGCACACAAGAAAAUCAGGAGUCAUUUAUUGGGAGCGCAAUUCCAAAGCAUGUUACCAUCCUCACACCUACUGAUGUCAAUGGAAGGGGCACAUGCUCUAGAAUAAAGGGACACAGGGAUGGUGUGAAGAGUGGAUCUGGUGAGAGGAGCAGAAGGCCUGGAAUCCAUCAAAAAGUCACGCGCAAAUGCAGCAUUUGUAAGGAACUGGUGAUCCAUAAUGCAAGAACAUGCUCCAAGAAACAAACGGCACAACAAUACAGCUAGGUAGAUUGAACUGAUAAAUGUAUAAGAGUCCAUGGAGGUUGUCAUCUCUCACAACAGAGAAGGUGGCUCUCGGUCAAGUUCGCGUUCUCCACGUGCCUACUUCUGCUCAGUUCGUUGAUAUCUUUACUAAAGGCCUGGCGACUACUCCGUUUCAAGACAUUCGUUUCAGUCUCAACGUCGUCGAGCCUAUCGUUGACACUGCGGGGGGAUGUUAGAAUACAACUUGUAAUAGGAUUAGGACUCCUACUCGGUUUGUAAUAGGGCUAGGUCAGGUGCGGCUUGGCUCUUAUAUAUACCUCUUGUAUUGGCACAAUAUUGCAUAAACAAUUAUUCAAUACAAUUCUACACCUGGCAAA